AUGCACAUAAACACUGUGCACAGCCUUUGUCACGAACCCAGACCCCCAGAGUCUCCACGGGCACUGCUCCCUGUGGGGGUCUCCACGGGCACUGCUCCCUGUGGGGGUCUCCACGGGCACUGCUCCCUGUGGGGGUCUCCACGGGCACUGCUCCCUGUGGGGGUCUCCACGGGCACUGCUCCCUGUGGGGGUCUCCACGGGCACUGCUCCCUGUGGGGGUCUCCACGGGCACUGCUCCCUGUGGGGGUCUCCACGGGCACUGCUCCCUGUGGGGGUCUCCACGGGCACUGCUCCUAUGAGAUUUCAUAA